AUGGCAACACCAAGGCUCGCCGCUAUCUUCUUCUCCUUGCUCUGCUGCUCUGCGUCCUCGUCGCGCCCUCUGAACCUGAUCUCCAACAGCAGCAGUGGCUUCAUCACCCAUCUCCCUGGCUUCCAGGGGGCCCUCCCCUUCCACCUCCAAACAGGGUACGUGGAGGUGGACGAGAGCAAUGGCGUCCACCUCUUCUACUACUUCGUCCGCUCGGAGCGCAGCCCCGGCGUUGACCCUCUCAUGCUCUGGCUCACAGGCGGCCCCGGAUGCUCUGUCCUCACAGCUCUUGCCUACGAGAUCGGCCCUCUCAGUUUCGACCUUAACGGCUAUGUUGAUGGCUUGCCUAAGUUGGUGUAUAAUCAAGAUUCAUGGACCAAGGUGAGCAAUGUCAUUUUUCUUGAUUCUCCGGUUGGCGCUGGGUUUUCGUAUUCUGACACGGAGAAAGGCUACAAAUCAAGUGAUACCAAAGCUGUCAACCAAAUCGUCAUCUUCCUCAAGAAGUGGUUUGAUAAGUAUCCACAGUUCUUGUCAAAUCCUCUUUACAUCGGAGGUGAUUCGUACUCUGGUAUGAUAGUGCCAACUGUUACAUCGGAAAUUGCCAGAGGUAAAGAAGAUGGAAGUCAACCAAAUCUCAAUUUAAAGGGUUAUCUCGUAGGUAAUCCAGUCACAGAUUUCAACUUUGAUGAUCCAUCCAGAAUUCCAUUUGCUCACGGGAUGGGUUUCCUAUCAGACGAAAUAUAUGAGGCAUACAAGAAGAGCUGUAGUGUUGGUGACAGCAGACACCAAAGCAUAAGCAUUGAGUGCAUAAAUAGCCUUGGUGCCAUAGAUGAGUGCAUCAAAGGCAUAUGCCCGAAUCAUGUUCUGGAGCCGCUAUGCGCUUUCGCGAGUCCUCAGCCUCACAAGACGCCGAAGCUGAAGUUGAAUUCAGGCGCACGGGAGAUGCUCCAGCUCCCAGUGUACAUUGGAGAGGAAGAGCCUCACUUGUCUGAGAUUUCACUGCAGUGCAGAACAGCAGGAUACAUAAUGUCCUACAUAUGGGCAAACAAUGCCUCAGUAACAGAGGCUCUUGGUAUUCACAAGGGAACAGUUCCUGCGUGGUCAAGGUGCAACUACGAGAUACCUUACACUAAUGAUAUUCCAAGUACGGUGAAGUACCAUCUGGAUGUGACCACUAAGGGCUACAGAUGUCUUGUUUACAACGGUGAUCAUGAUAUGGUCAUACCUUUUAUCGGCACACAAGCCUGGAUUAAGACUCUUAAUUUUUCUAUCGUGGAUGAGUGGAGGCCAUGGUUUGUCGACGGCCAAGUUGCAGGGUUUACAAGGUCAUACUCAAAUAAUCUCACCUUUGCAACCGUAAAGGGUGGUGGACAUACUGCUCCGGAGUACAUGCCAAGGCAAUGUUUUGCUAUGUUUACGCGGUGGGUUUCUGGUGACCCCCUUUGA